GUGGGUAUAGCCUCCAGUGACAUUGAUAGGUAAAAAGUCAACAAAAGCCCUGGCAAGAUAACAAUAUUUAUAAAAUAUCUCGAGAAAUAAUUGUUCCACUUUAUAUCCACGUUAACAUCAUGGAUUGAGGUGUUUAUUUGAGCAUUUACUCAUAAAUACUUCAUUUAAGGUGACUGGGCAACUGUUAUUUCGCUUGUUGGAUAUUAAUAACUUGCGGACAUUCUUUAUUUCCUUGAAUGUUAUACGAAUAGUUUUGGAAUUUAGCUAUUAUGGUGAUGGAGAAUUAUUAUUCACAUGAAAAGUACCGAGAUCUGUGGUUGAAAAUCAAUCACCUACAUCUGAGCUAUUUGGAUAUGGAAGAGAGCAGAGAGAAAAUAGUGCAUCGCUCAAAACUUGAAGAUUGUAUUGCGGAGUUUCUAUUCGUCGCCCAUCACAGAGACAAAUUCGUUAAUAGUGAAACCGAAGACGUCCUGUACAGAUCUGCAGCGUUUAAGAAGGAUUUCAGUGCCUACAAGGCAACGACUGGCUGGAAUUCUCUUCAAAUCUACGCUUCAAAUUUGUUGACCCAACCGUGGCGCCAAGAGUAUCGACAAAUAAAGACUUAUUGCGGAUUUUACAAGCACCAAAUCGAGGCUAAUUUAAUGGGCGCUGAGACUUUAUUCCAAGCAAUGGGUUACAAGAACAUCGGAAAUGGUGUUUUGGUCUUGGAUGGCCCGGUUUGUCCGGACAGAGUCUCCAAUAUGUCCAGAGACUGUUUGGUCGCCUACGUGGAAUGCCAGAUUUUGAAGCACAUUUGGGAGGAAGUGUCCGCAGUUUUCCACGUGUCCUGGCUGGAUAUCCUUGAAAAUCGUGUUGAGUGUCCAGGAAAUAUCGAGCAAUGUGUGAACAAUAUUACGUAUAAAUACAACGCUAAGCGGUUUCAACCGCCAAUGAGAAGUGCCCGAAUUGAGCAGUCGAACUCCGCUAGUCAUGGAUCUCUUCCAAAUAACCUUGUACAUGUUCCAAAAAAUCCUAGUUAUGUUACAGCUUUAGUCGGACAUAAUCAUGUGUCUCUUCCUCAGCCGCUGGUCACCGCUCCAGUGCCAUUUUGCUUGCCACAUACCAACGGCUGCGCCAGCACUUACACUUAUGGAUACGGCACUUACGCGCCCCAAAUGCCGAUUGUAAACCAACCACUUGCAUCCGUUAAUGGCUUCUACUUCCCUAACGGCCCCUCAGCAAUUCAACCGGCUUACCAAGUCCCAACAGCGCAGCUGAUUGAGUUUGAGAAGCGCAAUGGACACGACUUGGUUGAUGAAGGAUCCGCCUCCAGAAGCCGAAGGCCUCGAUUGGAUUCUAAUGGAACUCUGGAAAGCGACCGAGGGUCGAAGAUUGCUGCCGGAUCCGGCCAAGAAGACAAGCAAGCGCCAAUGGAAGAGGACUGGGAUUAUGUGUUUCGGAAUUUGGAACAGCAAGGCUACAGUAAAGACUUAGGGGAGCGCGGCGACGUUUUAGGCCUGAGUUCGGGCAAGCACCGAAAAUAUGCCAAAGAAGCAGCUCCGAGGCAACGAGUGAGAACCACGAAUUUGGACGAAGCGCUCAAUAGUCUUACGGUGUCUGAUCGGCCGCUGAAAAUGACGGAAGCUUUAGAGCACAUGGAGAAAAAAACUCUCGAAAGGAAUUUGCCGUCUACAAAGGAAAGGCGGCAUUCUCAGGGCAGUUCUUAUGAAAAUGUUAUCGGCAAUGAGGGGCCAAAGCCGGCUUUGACUCACACAAACAUUCAAGCGAGUUAUUCGUCUAGUGCUGCGGCGGCCCCAAAGAUCAAGCUGCCAAAGGAAAGCGCAGAAGUUACUCAAUUGAAUGCAGUUGAAGAGAAAAAACGAACGGAACCCGAAAAAAUUCUAUCAUCGAAAUGGCAAUGCAAGUCUUGUACUUACUUGAAUGAUUUAGCGAAAGAGAUCUGUGAGAUGUGCAGCAAAAGUAGAUAUAGCGGGAAGGAGCAGCCAAUGGAGAUCGGCGGCCCCGAGUGCUCAAAGUGUACAUUAGUCAACCCAAAAAAUGCCAAAAUAUGCCAAGCUUGCAGCCACAGCUUGAAAAACUCCCCCACAUAUAUUUAGGUCGACUCUGACUAUUUUAAGCGGCACCGCUUAUGUAUAGAAAUAUAAUAUAUUUAUUGUUACAUCAAA